UCGGACCGAACGCGCCAGCGGCAGAUGCGUCUCCUUCUCCAUAUUUAAAAAUCAAUCUGCGCCCCACUCCCGGCUCCGGAGCCAAACUCAACCAUCCCGGGCUGCACAAAGCCAGAGGCGCGCCGGGGCGUUUGCACCAGGGACAGGCACCGAGUGACCCGCCCGCCCCAGCCCGGCCGCGGCGCCUGCUCUGCCUGGAUGUGGCUCGAGCUCGGGGCCGGGCGCGCGGGGCGGGGGCCCUGGAUUAUCUGCGGCGCCUCCCGCCCCAGCGGAGCCGAAAGUUACUCGGAGCCGCUUUCCUCGCGGCCGGCGUCACCCCGGGGCGGGAGCUUUUCUGCCGAGCCGCGGCCCCGCGCGUCCCUCCCGCCGCCCAGACCCGCGCGUCCUUCCCACCUGCUGUGGCCGAAGCGGCUGCCGGGGCGGCCGGGCCGCGCUCCCGGAGACAGACGCGCUGCGCUCCCCCCGCCGGGGACCCGCUCUCCAUUCGCGAGGGCAGCGGCGGAGCUGGGAGCGAGUUAUCAACAGAUUGCGGGGCUGCGGCGCCGGCCGAAGUCUCCGGGCUUGGUGCGGCAGAAUGAGGAGCUGCCCGCCUGGAGGAUCAAUCAUGCAGGCCUCUGGGCAGCAUUCAGCAGCAGCAACUCCACGAGUGCUCGAUGGAAAACCGCGGACAGCAGCCUUGCCAAGCGGACGCCCAGGGCCGACCACUGCAGCCCCUCCAGCCACGUUCUCCAUCAGGGCAGCCUCCUGCUGGCUUUGGCACUGCAGGCAGCACACCAGCGAGGGGUGGGGCUGUGGGCCACGAAGCGUCAUCCAUGGACAUGCCAUGAAGGGUUAUUCUUCUUUUGACUUUUUCUGAUGGUUUAAAACUGUAAGAACACGCAGCUCACAGUCCACACGGAAGCAGGCGUGUGGCUCCUGCCUCACUGUGGGAGGAAAGAUGAUCUCAGAAGAAACGGCUGGGUUUGCGGAGGGGUUUGUGGAGGGCUGGGCAGUCUGAACGCAGCCCAUCUGGCCUUGGUGGAGGUGGGGCUGGCACAGGGGGGUGGGGGCAGUUCUUCCUGAUGCAAAUCCUAAUGCCUUCAGCACUGACCUUCCAAAGAAACAGCUGCCGGAUGCCGCCUGACAGCAACGAGAGCCCCGCUUCUGAGGCGCGCGACUCUCGAGGGCUUUGUUGUUUAUUUGGCACCCGAGGCCCAGGCUCACAGGAUCUCGGGUGCACGGGACCCCCCAGCCCUUCCCACUGCUCUGCGAUUCUGCCUCCUUUCCGGAAAGGUCAGUUUGGGGUUCCAUUCUGGGAGGGGCCAGGCCGCCACCUGGCCUCAUUAACUGGGGAGGCCACACGGACCUCCUCCGAAACGCUGGGGCCGUGGCCGAAGCCUUGCCUCCCGCCAGGGACCUUCGGCCCUCUUAGUAGUGGAUGUGAGCUUCCUCCCUCUGAGGGGACGUCCUGGUGGACAUGAGGUAUGGGGCGCCCGUGGGUGGCCGCCUGCUCCUGCCACAGUCCCUCCUCGGGGCCUGAGCUGCGGCUGCUGCCUCCCUAGGGAAGGAACAAUGGGGGCUGGGCCUGCCCCUACCCAGAGAGAGAGGGCCCUGUUGCCUGCAAGGCCUCAGCCAGGGGACCACGUUUCUCUGCAUCUUGUGGCUUUGGGAUCUGCAGGCUGUUUGUGGGAGAACAGGAAACAGUCCCAGAGGUGACGCUGCCUCAUGCAGGUUAACAGAGUUGGAGGUCAGGCUGACACCUGAGGCUCAGGACGGUGACGGGUGCCUUCCCUCGCCAGGGGUGAGCCCCCAGCCCCAUCUUCCCUCGCCAGGGGUG